AUGGAGGAUGAUUUAUUCCAGCUAAGACAGCUGCCGGUGGUCAAGUUUCGCCGCACAGGGGAAAGUUCCAGGUCAGACGAAGAUGCCAUUUCAGGAGAGCAUGAAAUUCAGAUUGAAGGUGUUCGGACAGAGCUAGAGGCUAUAGAGCUAGAGGAUGGAGCUGCAGUGCCAAAGGAAUUUGCCAAUCCAACUGAUGAUACUUUUAUGGUGGAAGAUGCGGUGGAAGCCAUCGGGUUUGGGAAAUUCCAGUGGAAGCUCUCUGUUCUUACCGGAUUAGCAUGGAUGGCAGAUGCAAUGGAAAUGAUGAUUCUAAGUAUCCUAGCUCCUCAGCUUCAUUGUGAGUGGCGAUUACCAAGCUGGCAGGUUGCAUUGCUUACAUCGGUGGUGUUUGUGGGAAUGAUGUGCAGCUCUACACUCUGGGGAAACAUUUCAGACCAGUAUGGCAGAAAAACUGGGCUAAAGAUCAGUGUGUUCUGGACCCUGUACUAUGGGAUCCUCAGUGGUUUUGCACCAGUAUACAGUUGGAUCCUUGUGCUCAGGGGACUGGUGGGCUUUGGGAUUGGAGGGGUACCUCAGUCAGUAACCUUAUAUGCUGAAUUCCUUCCAAUGAAAGCUAGAGCAAAAUGCAUUUUAUUAAUAGAGGUCUUUUGGGCCAUUGGGACUGUAUUUGAAGUCCUCCUUGCAGUGUUUGUGAUGCCCACUCUUGGCUGGCGUUGGCUGCUCAUUCUUUCUGCUGUUCCACUCUUGUUGUUUGCCAUCUUAUGUUUUUGGCUGCCAGAAAGUGCAAGAUAUGAUGUAUUAUCUGGAAACCAAGAAAAGGCUAUUGCCACUUUGAAGCGGAUAGCAGCAGAAAAUGGAGCUCCAAUGCCUUUGGGAAAAUUAAUCAUUUCCAGACAGGAAGACCGGGGAAAAAUGAGGGACCUUUUCACACCCCAGUUUAGACGGACAACAUUGUUGCUUUGGUUUAUAUGGUUUUCCAAUGCCUUUUCUUACUAUGGGUUAGUUUUAUUAACUACAGAGCUCUUUCAAGCAGGGGAUGUCUGCAGCAUUUCCAGUAGAAGGAAAGCAGUUAAAGCAAAAUGCAGCCUGGCCUGUGAGUAUCUGACAGAGGAAGACUACACUGAUCUGCUCUGGACCACUUUAUCGGAGUUCCCAGGUGUUCUGGUGACCCUCUGGAUUAUUGAUCGGAUAGGCCGUAAAAAAACCAUGGCGCUGUCCUUUUUUGUCUUCUCGUUUUGUAGUCUUCUGUUAUUUCUCUGUGUUGGAAGAAAUGUUCUUACUGUGCUGCUCUUCAUCGCAAGAGCUUUCAUUUCAGGAGGAUUUCAGGCAGCUUAUGUUUACACUCCUGAGGUUUACCCAACAGCUACUCGUGCUCUGGGCCUAGGAACAUGCAGUGGAAUGGCCAGAGUGGGAGCUUUAAUAACUCCAUUUAUUGCACAGGUGAUGCUGGAAUCUUCAGUCUAUUUAACUCUGGUGGUUUACAGUGGAUGCUGCCUGUUGGCAGCCGUGGCUUCCUGUUUUUUGCCCAUUGAAACAAAAGGGCGUGGUCUGCAGGAGUCCAGCCACAGAGAAUGGGGACAAGAGAUGGUUGGGAGAGGAUCCCACAACAUGGGAGUCACCAGGUCAAAUUCUGGAUCACAGGAAUGA